UAUGUUAUUUUGUGUGCUUAUUUUGGUCACUAUAUAAUAGUGAAGUGAAAUUCUCUGUAUAUUAGGAGGACGUGAUGGGAAAUGAGGUUAGUCUUUACACUGUGUAAAUGGGACAAACAAGCCAGAACAAUCAACCAUCAGUUGCAGUGUUAAACGGGCUGGAAGAAAAAUCAGGGACAGAAGAGUUAGUGAGAGUAAAGUGCAGUCUUCAUCAAUCAGCUGGCUGCUUGUUAUAUUAAAUAUAAACUAGUUGAUCGCAAACUAAGAUAUGAAGGAGAUGCAAAGAUCUGAUUUGGGUCUCGAGGAGCACAGGAAUCUUCAGGAAAACAUCCGACGCUGGAAUAAAAACCAUCUGAGUCUGUUCCAGAUCACUGAACCGGAUGAGGACUCUGUAGUUCAUGGAGUUGUUCGUUUCUACCUCCAAGACGAUGUUUCAGGAAACUGUGCCACCAAAUGCAUUUGCAUCUCAAGCACUUCUACCACACAAGAGAUCAUUGAAACCCUGCUGGAGAAGGUUCAGCGUGAUGGAAACCUGCAACUUUUCCCAUAUUCGCUCUACGAGGUCCUAGAAAAUCAAGAGGAAAGACGAUUACACCUUUCGGAAAAGCCUUUAAUGCUUCAACUCAGCUGGAAUAAAGACGCCGAUGGACGAUUUGUCUUGAGGAAUGCGAGUUGUGCAACUUUACAGAAUGGCUGUGUGGAAAAUAAGGACAAGGUUGGAGUCAUCGAGAAUUUCAAAAGGACGUUAUCAAGGAAAGAGAAGAUUAAAAACAAACCGAAGAAAAAAGAUGUCUCUGAAAGUAAAGCCUACAGCACUAAACAAGACGACUUAGAAAUGAAGUGGACUCUCCCGCUCAGCAUUUCUUUAAAGGAAAAAGAUGAGGACUCUUUCUUGCUUUCUGUGAUAAACGAUAUUAACAGCUCCACCAUUCACUUCAAGCUCUCGCCGGCGUACGUGUUUUAUCUGGUCGGACGAUUCUUAACCAGCAAAACCAGCCAGAGAAAUAAAUCCCACAAGCAGACUGAGCAGAAAAUCUGCCUGGUGUUUGAAAAGAUUGUGCGGAUGAUUCAGGAUGUCAUUCAGAAACAGAGGAAUAUUGCGGUGUCUCUUGCUUUCUGGAUGGCUAACGCGUCUGAGCUGCUGAACUUCAUCAGGCGGGACAGAGAUCUGUGCUGCAUCACAGUGCCGACUCAAAACACCCUCGCUCAGCUUGUGCAGACGGCUUUCAGGUAUCUGUCACAUCGGCUUCAGGUUGAGCUUGAAAAUCACCUACCUGCAUUCUUUGCUGACGGAAAAAAGGAAAGCGCUCAGGCAAAAGAAAUAGAAGGCGUCUUGAGCACUCUCAUAAGGACCAUGAGUUUGUUGAGAAGAUGCCGGGUUAAUCCUGCUCUGAGCAUCCAGCUCUUCUCUCAGCUCUUUCACUUCAUGGGCUCCUGGAUCUUGAACCGGAUCACAGCUCCAGGAUCCACGCUCUGCUCAAAGUACUGGGGGCAAACUCUACGGCGACGUCUCGCACACGUGGAGGCCUGGGCGGAAAGACAAGGCCUGGAGCUCGCUGUCGACUGCCAUCUCAGCCGCUUAAUCCAGGCUACAAUGCUGCUGACCAUGAGCUCCUGUUCUACACGAGAUGCCCAGAUGAUUCAGUCCACAUGCUAUAAGCUGAACUCAGUACAGCUCAGAGCACUCAUGAGCAAAUACCACUACAGCCCCAAUCAAGCACACUUUACACCCGCGCUGAUUGAGUGUGUAGUUGCUUUGGCAAAGUCCACGACAGACGUCCUGAAGGCAGAGGGUGGAGAAAUCAGACUGGAAGAAGAUCUAGAUCUUCACCUGCCUUUCCUGUUGCCUGAGGAUGGAUAUUCCUGUGAUUUCAUGCGUGGCAUUCCUAAAGGAUUUCAGGAGUUUCUAGAGCCCAUCUGUCGCAAAGGUCUUUGUAAGUUAAUUCCCAAUUCUAACUGUGUUGGCACAUGGACCAUAUUCUUUCGGCCAUCGGAUUGUUCAACUUGGAAAUCUGAACCAGUGAAGAUAACUCUAAAGAAACCUUUGCACAGCGGAAUGGGAAUAAGCAUCGUAGCUGCCAAGGGUGCUGAACAGGAGAAGCUUGGCAUUUUUAUCAAAUCCGUUGUCCCAGGAGGAGCAGCAAAUGUGGAUGGCAGACUGAAUCCAGGAGAUCAGCUGCUCAGUGUGGAUGGCACAAGUCUUGUUGGAGUAUCACAAGAAAGGGCUGCAGAGAUAAUGACAAAAACCGGAUCAGUUGUGACCCUGGAAGUUGUCAAAUCUGCAGCUGUUUUGUAUGGCUUUGAGCGAGUGUUUGUCCAACCAUCACCACACACAUAUGAAGAUCCUGAUAGCAGUGGAGCAUCCAAAGAGAAGAUCGGCGCCUUUGAUGUCCAUGACCGAACUGAAGCAUGUGUUUCAGAAACCACCAGAAUCCAGAACAGCAUCAGCAAAGCAAACCCCAAACAAAACCAGGAGCUGCUCAAGAAGACGCUGGAGUAUCGCUCAAACCCCAACCUGACAUAUAACCAGGAAAUGCCUGUGGAUUCAGCUCCCACUGAAAAGAUGAUGCUGUCUUUCUCCACUGACAAUCUGAUGGAUUCUGGGAAACCUUCAAACGCUUCUUUAAACACAGAUAUUUAUCAGAGAGAAUAUCUGACCCUGCCGUCCUCCAAACUGCACAGCAAUAAAGCACCCAGAACCACUGAACAGCCUCUGCAUAUUGCUGCAUUCUCCAGGGAUCAGCAGAAGAUCAACUUCAUGAAACAGGCGCAUUCUCAUGAUGACCUGUGGAGUGCAGAGAAAGGGCACUCUCUAGUGGACAAACAGAAGUACUUGAAGAAACAGCCUGAAGUGAGCAAAUGGAUCAGUCUUGCAACUAUCAGUCCAAUAAACUCCAGUUUCUCCAGCAUGGGACACAGAAAUGAGCUGUGGAAAAUCCCGACAGCUGCCCAGUCUGUGCCUCUGUCACAGCCGAAGCGUCUGGACGUCCCGUAUUCACCACAAACCAACAAACCUUCAUUCAGCACCUUCCGCCAGCCUGCAGACAGCAGAAUUACAUCCCAAACGCAGCAUCUGUAUCAAUGCUUCGGUGCUUCAGCGUCUCAGAGCAAGAGUCAGGUACUCAAGAAAAAAACAGUCGCCUUCCAGCCCAUGUUGAAGCCACCCUCACAGUGUUUAAGUGUUAAUAAUCCUGAGCAGAAGGUAAAGCUGCUGACCUCUGAGCUGCUGGAAAAGGAAGUGCAGCAUCUACAGGCUAAAGUGCAGCUCAGUCUGGAGGAAAGCGAGCGUCUGCACAGACUCUCUCUAGAGCUGCAGUUUCAGAGGAGAAUCCAGGACUUCCAGCAGAUCACUGAUGAAGAUGAAGAUGAGGAGAGCCAUGCUGUAGUAGGACGCAACAGCUUUCAGACAGGAAGUGAUGCUGUGCGUAAUUGUGAGAAGACUGGACCUCCCGCAGACCAGCAAAAUGAAGGCUUUUCUGAUAAGCACAGGCUGGAAGAUGGAGCAUGUACAGGAAACCAACAAAAGUUCACAUCUGAUGAAGUAAAUCCCAAAGGUUUUCAAACACGACGGGCCCCAGAAAACCUGACAUUUAAGGAGCGUCAGCGGCUGUUUUCCUUGCCAGUGGUCACUUCAGGAAAUGUCAAAGUGUCAUGAGGAAAUUAAAUGAAAAUGCAAAUCAGCUAGAUUUGUUUUUUGGUAUGCUACUUGUCCAUUAAUUUUGUUAGAGACUGUAAAUAUUUUAAUUGUUGAUUUGUUUUCACACACAUGUUUGUAGUAAAAUUGUAUAGACAUUAAAGGGCACCUAUUUUGCUUCUUUUUACAAGAUAAAAGAAGUAUCUAAUGUCCCUAGAGUGUGUAUGUGAAGUUUCAGCUCAAAAUAUCCCACAGGUAAUGUUUUAUAUCUGACCCUUUUAGGUUUUGAUCCUAAUUGUGCUGUUUUGGUGACUGUCGCUUUAAAUUCAAAUGAGACUGGGCUCUUUUAAAAAGAGGGUGGAGCUACAAAUUCUUGUGUGUCAGCAUAGUGGCAGAUUCAAAAACAAGACUAAAAUGCUAUGAUAAUGAGGGACAGAUGGUCACUAGUGGGCGGUGCUUUCUCCCUCUGAUGACAUGUACAAAGGGAGAAUGUCAGUGUUUUUGCGGACUGUUUUAUCAAGUGUGAUUAUAAAAAAAUUUAAGAAUUUUUUUUUUUUUACCAUUAAAAGCUGGUUAUAUUCACACACUGCCACAACACAACUUUAAACACCUUAUAAGCAUGAAUUUUGCAUAAUAGGUCCCCUUUAAUUGUAAAACCUAGAAAAACUAGACCAUUUUUUCGAUAAAUAAAGGAUAUUAUAUUUAGUUUUUAUGUUUCGCACAGAUAUAGUGUCAUAGAAAUAUGUUAAUAAUAGAAAUAGCAGUGGCUUUAUCCUGUAAAGCCUUUAGAUUUGUCAAAAUAAAUGCAUGCAUUGGAAAUAAAUAAGUCUUUAUUGCUUACAUUAUAUCAUUCAUGUACAUCUGCAUCACAAAAAUAAAUGAUUUUAAAUCUU